AUGGGUGAUCAAGAACCAGAUGUCAAUAAUCAUAUUUAUGAGGAACAUUAUUUGGCUAGUGAUGAUGACAAUGGAAUUGAAGAUUUCGAUUUUCCUGAUAACGAUACACUAUAUAAUGACGGAUUUCAAACUGGAGAAAGCAGUAAUCCUAAUUUAGAGGAUGCAAAUAAUGAUGAAGACGAAAAUCACUUCGUUGAUGAAGAUAUAGAGGUUAAUAUUGAUUACAGUGAAGGACAACCACAUGUUACUCAUGAAGAUAUAGAGUGUAAUAUUGAUUUCAGUGAAGGACAACCACAUGUUACUCAUGAUUAUGUUUCUCCUGGUGGCACCUUGUAUUGGACUCCGAUUGUUUUAGACGACAUCAAACCAAAAGUUUCAUCAAAAUUUAAUUCAUAUGGUGAAGCAGAAACAAUGUAUAGAAAAUAUGCAUUAGAAUCUGGUUUUGAUGUCAGGCUUGGAAGAGUCCAAAAAACGAAAAAUGGGAUUAUUACAAAUAGACAUCUUGUGUGCAAUCGGGAAGGAAAUCUGAAUACUAGUAAACUAGAUACUCUAGAUAUUCAGCAUAAAAAGACUCAAAGAAGGAAAGAUUUAUUUAGGAGGAAUUGUAAAGCGAAAGUUGUUUUAGAAAUAAUUCUCGGUACUCUUAGAUAUGUCGUGAGUGAUUUUGUAGAGCGACAUAAUCAUGAGUUGUUUAGCAAGGGCAAUAUGCACUUAUCUCGUUCAAAAACAAAACUUGAUUAUUCCCAAGAAAUUUUCAUUCAUAAUUUGUCAAAACAAGACAUUGGUCCUGUAAAAGCACAUAGACUGUAUAGUGCUCUUCAGGUUGGUCCUUCGGUUCGAGGUGGAUUGGUUACUGAUUUCAAGAAUGCUAGGAGGAAUCUUAAUUGUUACAUAGGUGGGAGGGACGUGAAAUUCCUUGUUGACAAGAUGAAUGAUAGGAAGAAAAAUGUCCCAUCAUUUACUUUUGAGUAUAAAGUGUCGAACAAGAGAUUGAAUUCUUUAUUCUGGGCUGACGAAACAGCAAAGUAUAAUUACAAUUCAUUCGGAGACGUUGUAUCACUCGAUGCCACAUUCAGCAUGAAUAAGUAUGAUAUGGUUUUUGUUCCGUUUACUGGCAUCGAUAAUCACAAAAAAUGUGUAACAUUUGGUGCUGGUCUUUUAAGUAAAGAAGAUGGAGUUUCUUAUGAAUGGUUGCUUAGAGCUUUUUCGAAAGCUUUUAGAAAACAACCUCAAUUGGUUUUAUCUGAUCAAGAUCCAUCUUUGAAAAAAGCUAUAGAUAAGGUUUUCCCAUUGGCACAUCAUAGGUUAUGUAUGUGGCAUAUAACGAAGAAGUUGCCAAAUAAGAAUGAAUUUAUACAGAUUUUAUCAAUUGAAGAUGCAACAACCAAUCAAAAAUUUCGAAAGCGUUUUCACUCUAUAAUUUGGAAUUCUAAGCUGGAACCACAUGAAUUCGAGAAUGUGUGGCGUCAGAUGUUGGAGGAGUUUAAAAUUACUGAUAACACUUGGAUGAAUACAAUGUAUGGUUUGCGAAAAUCUUGGAUCCCCACAUUUUUCAAGCACAUUCCAAUGUCUAGUCUUAUGCGAACUACAUCGCUGUUUGAAAGUCAGAAUUGGUCAUUUCAAACCACGACAUUAACCGAUUCUUAUCUUGUCGUGUUUAUGAUGACAUUUGAAUCAGUUAUGGAACGACAACGACAUAACCAAAUUCUCAAUGAUUUUAAUACUGCCACCACUUUUCCUAAAUUCAUUACCCGUACUCCGUAUGAACCUCAUGCUUCAAAUGUAUAUACACGAAAGAUUUUUUAUCAGGUUCAGAAAGAGAUAUCAAGAUCUAAAGAUAAUUGUUUCCAAAAGAAUGUGAUAUCUUCCAACAGUGUUCACACAAUUAUUGUUAUGGAGAAAACAAAGAACAUAACUAUUAGACAAACAAAUGAUGUCAGUGUUGAUGACAAAGAUGAGGAAUACAAUUACGAUUGUCUUAUAAGGGAUACUGAAUGCACGGUCACACACUCAACCAAAGAUGGUUCGUUCAAAUGUACUUGUAUGCAUUUUGAACAUGUAGGUAUCUUAUGCAGACACAUAUUAUGUGUGUUUAAGUUUUAUGGCAUCGGACAAAUUCCUGAAAAGUACAUUUUGAAACGUUGGCAUAGGGAUGUUAUUCCAACAGAAUUACUGAAAAGACGCUUCAAUAAUUCUUUUGACGAUUCUAAUUCCGACAUGACUGCUAUUGAUAUUUUUUCAACUGUUGACCGUUGUGUGUCUUUUCUGAGCCAUGAUGCAGCUAAGUUAAAGUUAUACCUCGAAGAACAGAAUAAGUUGAAAAAAAAAUUCGUAGACGACUGUCCAAAUCAUGAUCUACCAACCAGAGCAGAUCAUUUCAAGAAGCUUUUAGGCGUGGUUGGUCCUGAUGUAGAAUCUGAUGUUAAUGACAUUCAGAUAUUCGUAACAAAGGCUGCGAUAGUCGUGGGAACAUAUUAA